CCAAAUCAGUGUGCCUUUCUUCUCGCGCGAUGCGGCGGCAGCAGCUGUACGUCAAAGCCACCUUCCUCCCGGCCUGUGAAUAACCUGCUCUCUCAGAUCGCAGGGUCCCUGGCUUUGUAAAGCGCUGCUGAGAGGAAGAGGACACAACCACGCCCAACCCCCCUUGCUGCCUGGGGGUUUGAGGCUGGACUAGAUGGCUAACAGGGGCCCGAGCUACGGCUUAAGCCGCGAGGUGCAGGAAAAGAUCGAGCAGAAGUACGACGCGGACCUGGAGAACAAGCUGGUGGACUGGAUCAUCCUGCAGUGCGCCGAGGACAUCGAGCACCCGCCCCCCGGCAGGGCCCAUUUUCAGAAGUGGUUAAUGGACGGAACGGUCCUGUGCAAGCUGAUAAACAGUUUAUACCCACCAGGACAAGAGCCCAUCCCCAAGAUCUCAGAGUCAAAGAUGGCUUUUAAGCAGAUGGAGCAAAUCUCUCAGUUCCUAAAAGCUGCGGAGAUCUAUGGAGUCAGGACCACUGAUAUUUUCCAGACUGUGGAUCUUUGGGAAGGGAAGGAUAUGGCAGCUGUGCAGAGGACCCUGAUGGCUCUAGGCAGCGUUGCAGUCACUAAGGAUGACGGCUGUUACCGGGGAGAGCCAUCCUGGUUCCACAGGAAAGCCCAGCAGAAUCGGAGAGGAUUUUCAGAAGAGCAGCUUCGCCAGGGACAGAACGUAAUAGGGCUGCAGAUGGGCAGCAACAAGGGAGCCUCGCAGGCGGGCAUGACCGGGUAUGGGAUGCCCAGACAGAUCAUGUGAGACGCUACAUCCUGCCCCCGGUAGAGAGGAUGAAUGUUCCACACCACAGUAGUCGCCUGACCUUCUCUUUCUCAAAGCCUUCUGUCCCUGGUUUUUGCAAAGUGCUGCGUUUCUGCUGAGAAUGCGUGUUGCCUACUGCUGCCACCUUCUGUUCAUUUAGAACUAUGCAAGGACUCCACUUCCUCUUCCUGAGCUCUUCUGUGCCCCAAAGUCUCAGUUUGAUUAUUUAUUUAUUUAUUUAUUUGCCAAAAUUUCCCCUUCUCAACUUAUAGAACACACCUAAUAAAUUAUCCUUGUGUCUUAAAAUGUAAA